AUGAGCAUCAUUAGGGGACCCGGCGGGGAGGGCAGAGGCAGGCCUGGCGGCGGCUCCAUCACCAACCGGGAUGGUGCCCGGAGCCCUGGGAGGCCCGGCCGGGAAGCCAGGGCUUUUUUCGGGGCCCGGUUCCCGCAGCAGCGGGGGCGAUCGCAGCGGGGCUCCCGGGGGCUCCUGGCCGGGGCUCAGCUGGCACGCGAGGCGGCCAGGGAGCCCCAGCGCGCGCGGGGCCGCCAGCCGCUGACUCAGCACAACGCCCCCCUCCCCGAAGCGCCGGGUGGGAACCGGCGCCUCCGCGGCCCCAGCCCCCGCCCCGAGGAGCGCUGGCCGCUACCCGGGCCGCAAGGAACACUGGGCUCCGAUGGUCGGCCGGCCGAGCCACCGCCCCUCCGGCCGCCCCGCCCUCCGCCCUCAGGUCCUGCUGCGGCAGAAGCCGAAAUGGGGACAGAGGGAGCCUGUGACUGUGCAGAUGGGGAAACUGAGGCUCAAGGAAAGUGCAGACAGAGCCUCUAA